AUGGAGGGGGACGCGCCUCCUGAGUCGCCCUGUUCGCCUGUCGGCGCUCAUCUUCCUCCCCAAUCCUCAGAGUUUCCGUCGCCGUCUUGCGCGGCGUCGGCUCCUUCGCCUGCCUCAUGUUCGCCCUCUCUCGCUCCCUGCUCUUCUUCCUCUGCAGCUGCAUCUGCUUCCUGUGUGGCGCCCUCGGGGGUGUGCUCGCCUGCGGCAGUCUCCGGGAAGAGCUGGCUACAAGGAGCCGAUGCCUACCUGCUGGUCGAUGAGGAGCGACACCGGAAGCAGCGCGAGCUGAACCAAGUGUUCAAGGAGAAGCAGAAGGAGUCUCAGGCCACUCCCGCUGACGCAGACGCCGGCGAGCUGUCUUCCUCCGCAGCAGAGAAUCCGAGUCAGCAGGGCGACGAGCGCCACGAGCGGGACGGAGCGCGUGAGGGAAACGCGGCUGCCGCGGCGGUGCCAGCGACUGCAGCCGCGCGAGGUGCGUCGCAGAAAGAAGAGUUCCUGGCGUUUGAAAAGGAGAAGAGAGCGACGCAGAGCGCGACGCGGAACGCCUCCAAUGCGCAGGCAGACCGUGAGGAGGUCGCCGCUUCCCUCGCGCCGUGGUUUCGAGUGCCUGCUGCGUGCCUCAGCGAGACAACAACCACGGCAGGACGCAACUGGAGAGGCGACGAGCGAGACAGAGGAGACCGGCACCGAUCACGAAGAGACAGAGGCCAUGCGCGCCUCCCGACGCCGCCCUCCUUCCACGUGUCUCUGCACAAGGAGAUCUGCGACUUGCUCAAAUACAUCCAACCCACCGCGGUCGAGGAAUACAAGAUGCUCAAGGCCGUCGCUCGCCUCCGGUUCGCGGCCUCGCUCUGCUUCCCUGGCUGUUCAUGCCGGUGUUUCGGGAGUUUCGCGACGAACUUGGGGCUGCCGGGAGCAGAUGUAGACGUGUGCCUAGUUCUGCCGGCGGCCUCGCCCUUCCAGACGCCUCCACAGGCCGCGCCACACGCCGCUGCGCAGGCUGGGGCUCGGGUCGACGCGAAGCGCCCGCGCGACGACGCUAAGACGGCGUUCCUCGCGACGCUUUCCGCGGAGGCCGCGCGCCGCCACAGCGAGAGUGUCGCGCAGCUGACGCUGCUCGCCACCACGUUGCAGAGUCUCGACGUCGCGCAGGCCCUCGAGCUCGUCGCGACCGCCAGAGUCCCCAUUGUGAAGUACAUCGACGCCGAAACCGGGGUCCCCGUCGACGUCACCGUCAAUCAGAUCAGCAGCCUGGAGACUACCGCCUUCGUUCGGCAAAUGCUUCUCAAGUUUCCCCUCCUGCGGCCCCUUCUCCUUCUCGUCAAACUGCUUCUCAAAAUGCGUAAUCUUUCUGAGACGUACCGAGGCGGGGCCGGCAGCUACUUGCUGUUCACGAUGGCGGUCCUGUUCCUCAAGACGUGGCCUGCGGCCCACGACCCCACCCUCCAGCGCGACCUUCUCCUGUCGCACCUUCUUCUCGACUUCCUCUUCUUCUGGAGUCGCCACUGGAACUACAAAGACUGGGGCGGAUGCGUGCGAGGCCUCGGUCACACCUUCCUGAAAAACAUCCGCCCCGACCUCUGGGGCGACAGGCGCGAGCUCCUCUGCAUGGAGAGCCCGACGACUCCAGACGUAGAUCUCGGGAAAAACGCCUUCAACAUCGCCAGUGUUCGAGCCGCCUUCCACCAAGCCUUUGCGGACUUGAUGGCGGUCGAGGUUGAAUGGAACCAAGCGGAGGCGCGAUGGAUUGAGGAAGCGGAAGAAGCCGCGGCGCGGAACCUGCCGAUAAGCCCGUUUCCGCGGCGUUUCUCGGAGAGCCUGCUGGCGCAUCUCUACGACACUUCGCACCCGAUUUUCGCCUUGCGAGAGCCGCGGCGGACCCUGGAGCGUGCCCCCGGCAUGUCGUGCCUCGUGCGGCGAGGCGGCGUCGGCCGCCAGGGGGGAGAGGAGACAGAGGAUGAGGCGCUUGCGGGACUCCUCGGUCUGGGCGUGGAGCCCGCAGGGGUGAAGAGCGAGAGCGCUGACGCGAACGCCGCGGCGUGGAUGGAGCCUGAGAUCCCGCCGGAGCUGCUGGAGGAGGUCGCGGUGGAGUUCUUGGCGGCCUCCGCAUCGUGGAGCGGAAAAAAGGCGAAAAUCGGGGGAAAAAAACGAAAAAAUCGCCCGCAAGACGCGCGAGGAGAAGCACGCGACUCCGCUGCGGAGGAGGCGGAAGGCGCUGAAGAAGGACAGGACGAACGCCUCGAGGGCGACAACGCUCAAGCGAACGAGGCGCCGCCGGCGGCAGCAGAGGGAGGAAGUGAGGCCGAAGACAAGGCGGAGAACGUCUUGAGCACGAAAGACAGCGAUUCCGCCUCCGACAACGAGAUGGAAGACAUUUUCACUUCUUUUGGUUGGUCUGCAGCGGAGCGCCAACUUGCGAAAAAGAAAUCAGAGGCAUCAUACGCCUCCUUCCUCACGCGGCUCGCCUCCCUCGCCCCUGCCUGA